AUGAUCGUUCAGCUGAGACAGUCCUCUCCAGAAGAAAAUGAGAGAAAAGGAGAGAAAAUGAGGCAAAGGAUGGAACAGGAAGCACUGGUGAGAAAAGGACAGAAAAGGAGAGAAAAGGAGAGUAGAGAAAAAGAGAAAAUCAUUCAAAGGAGACAAAGGAAGCAGAGGAGAGAAAAGGAGAGGAAAGGGGAGAAAUGGAAGAAA